AUGCUCAACUUGCGAGUCGCUACAAACAAUCAACCACCCGAAAAGGAAGAGCGGAGGAUGAUACUCUAUGUGAGGUCUUUUCAACUUACCGUGAAGCAACUUUUGGAUGUGAUCUCCCUAUUUGGCGAAGCUGGGCUUGAGACCGCAACUACUCUGGCUUGGUCAGAAAGCGUUGAGUUCUUGAAGUCGGAUGACAAUGUGUAUAUUCGAUACGUGGGAAGAACGGAGAGAUCUACCCUUCUCCGCCAUCGCCACGACAUUGCCUUCCAAUCAAUCAAGAGUGGGUUUCUUUCGAAAUUUCUCUCGGCGCUAGAAAGGACACAUCCAUUGGCCAUCGACGCCGUGAUGCUAUACGAAGUUCCAGGGGUUUGCCUACAGCAGUUUGGAGAGCAAAAAGAGCAAGCCAUGAUUGCCCUUCUUGGGUUAUCUUCUUUGCUAAACCAACGAAUUUGUGAAGCCUGGUCGUUCGCACCAACGGAAGACCACAAAAUGGCCUUUGCCAACCUCAAAACUGACAGUUUCUCAUUUCUCAUCUCCUCGAGUUUUAAGCUUCUAGAGCGUGAGCCGAUCAUAGCGUGGGCGACAGAGAUACAAAACUACAAUAGAGCCCACAAACUUUCAGUUUGCCCCCCAACGAGACUGGCGUUGGAGUUCUCAAAUGACGUUCGAUCGAAAAUUAUCCGACAAGCGCAACCUGCCAUGUUCCGCGAAAGGUUCGUCAUUUUCCUGACAGUCGGGGCUGAGAUGAGUCUUGAUGCUUGGAGGAACGCACAGGAGUUCUUCAAAGGGAGCAGUGAUUCUGCUACUUUGAUGAAGAAUUAUUUGAAGAGACUGUGGAGCUGGGAGCAAGGCAAACCAGUAUUUGAGAAAGAUCUCAGCGCAUUGAUCUCAGCAGGCGUCCUACCGUUCAUCAAUUUGUGCCCAUGGCUGCAAGCAGGAGGUAAAGAUCUCUAA